CUCCACCCUUUCUGUGCUUCCUGAAAAGCUUUGCUUGUUCAGACUUGCAGACAAUGAGUCAUGCUCUGUUUUAUCAUUUCUAAUAUCUAAAAAUAUUUAUUUUCAGCUUAUAUUAGCUUAUAAUGACCCUUAUGAUGGACUAAGCCUGGGGAAAAGCUGGGACUUUAUGGCAACGACUGAUUUAAAAUGAAGAAGAGAUGGACUCUAUUGUUCUCUGUUUUACUGGGAAUCUUCAGCUGUGUAUCAGUAUCCAGAGCUUCAGCUCGGCAGGUGGAGGUGCUGAAUGGAGCUGUGGGAGAAUCUGUUACAUUCUCUACUAGAGUUCCUGUAACUGGUUCUAUAACAUAUGAAGGCAACAAUAUUGGACUGGUGAUCAAUAAACAGACUGAUACAGACUCUGAUGAGAAGUUUAAGAAUCGUCUCUCCUGGAGCAGCGAGUUCUUCACUCUCUCAGAUCUGAGAUCAGAUGAUUCAGGAGUUUAUAUUGUAGAGAGCACUAGAGAAGAGAAAGCAAAGCAGGUUUACCAGCUGAUUGUGUACGAUAAAGUAUCAACUCCUCGGGUGAUCACACUGAACCCCUAUUCUCCAGAGAGUGAUCUGUGUUUACUGCAGUGUUCAGUGAGGAACGUGAGAGGACUGAAUCUCUCCUGGUUUAGAGGAAAUGUUCAAUUAAACCAAACCAGCAGCUCCAACAGCUCCAGUCCUGAAACCACACUGAUCCUCCCUCUGGAAAUUCAGCAGAUAGAUAAAGACAUCUUCAGCUGUGAGGCUUCAAACCCAGUCAGCAAGCAGAACAUCACUGUCAACUUCACAGAGCUUUGUCUUCAGAAACCUGGAAUCUUCAGCUGUGUAUCAGUAUCCAGAGCUUCAGCUCGGCAGGUGGAGGUGCUGAAUGGAGCUGUGGGAGAAUCUGUUACAUUCUCUACUAGAGUUCCUACAUCUGGUACUAUAACAUAUAAAGACAGAACCAUUGGACAGGUGUUGAAUAAACAGACUGAAAUUAAUGAGAAGUUUAAGAAUCGUCUCUCCUGGAUCAGCGAGUUCUUCACUCUCUCAGAUCUGAGAUCAGAUGAUUCAGGUGUUUAUUCUGUAGAGAGCUAUAGAGAAGUGGAAACAAAGCAAUCUUACCAGCUGAAUGUUUUCGAUAAAGUAUCAACUCCUCGGGUGAUCACACUGAACCCCUAUUCUCCAGAGAGUGAUCUGUGUUUACUGCAGUGUUCAGUGAGGAACGUGAGAGGACUGAAUCUCUCCUGGUUUAGAGGAAAUAUUUUAUUAAACAAGACCAGCAGCUUCAACAGCUCCAGUAUCAACACCACACUGAACCUCCCUCUGGAAAUUCAGCAGAUAGAUAAAGACAUCUUCAGCUGUGAGGCUUCAAACCCAGUCAGCAAACAGAGCAUCACUGUUAACUUCGCCAAACUCUGUCCUCAUAAACUCGAUAAAAUCACUGAUGAUAACAGGUCGUACAUCAUCCUUGUUAUUAUUACUGUGAUCCCUGUGGUAUUAUCACUGGCAGUAAUAGUGAUGAUCACAUUUAAAGAAAGAAGAAAACAAGAAACCAGUCGCAGCUUAAAAGGCAGUAAUGGAAUCUAUCAGCCUGCCAGGAGGAAAAGAGCAGAUUGA